UUUGUCAUUCUUCCCUCCUUAUCUUUUGGCAAGAGUAAAUGUUGACGUUACACUGCAUUAUCUAGAGUGCCAGCACGAUAACGCUAUAAAUACCACGCUCCUGAUAUUCAAAGGAGAAGCACAAAAUAACUUGCUUUUAAAGCAUCAUUUUGCCUCUAUUUUGAAAAACAUGAAAAUAUUCGUACUUCUGGCUUGUUGCGCUGCGGCCGCAAACGCCUUGGUGUGCCCUCCGGACGCCUGCAAGGGAGCCACCUGUACCUUACUGGAUGAACAAGCGUGCUUGGCCAAAGGUGGCGCGGUAAGACCCGGUGGCAUGUGCGGCUGUUGUGACGUCUGUAUAACGCUGCUGAAGGAAGGCGACAAAUGCAUCCAACUUUUGUUGCUUGGAGUGCCUGCCACAGCUGAAUGCGGUGAAGGGCUAAAAUGCAGCCCGGAAAGCCAAACCUGUGUGAAAAAGAACUGUUUGGAGCGCAAGGCUGACUUUGAGGGUAGCCUUCUGACCAGAGUAGGAGCUCCAAAACUGAACUGUGAAGACAACGGCGAUUAUUCGCCCAAACAGUGUCUUGGCUCCAAGUGCAUGUGCGUGACGAAAAAAGGAGAUCGUAUUUCGAAUUACAUGGUUAACAUAUGGGAGGCCCUUGAUAUGGGUUGCGAAUGUGCACGUGCGGAGUACGAGUACAGUCAGAAGGGGGGUAACGACAAGCCAUUCAACUGCGAUUCUAAAGGCAACUACUUUGGCUAGCAGGGAUGAGUCGUUUAGGAUUCAACUGAACGUGAGACGGGCCGUAAUGCAUUAAAAACGAGCCCCAACUCAUCUUUUGCUGAACGUAUACGUGUAAUAUUAGUUAUUAUUUGACAAACUUUACGAUCAAAUGCGUGUUGAAAAUUUCAACAAAAUGAUUUCGAUAUAUGCAUUUUUAUAAAUUAAGAAUUUAAAUCCUUUUCACCAUUACCACUGGAUUUGAUUAAGUACAGGAUAUGUCACUUGACGAUUUAAUUGUGUCAAAGAAACAAGCAAUGCAGGCCCGUAGCCAGCAAAUUCAAAAGGGGGGUUCUUUUUCUGAAAAGGUGGACCUUUUACAAUGAAACUUAUGUGUAUGUAGAUAAAUUUAGACCAAUAAGACACCAAUAAGAACGCUUAACUUUGUUUUGAAGACGAGAGAAUAAAUUCAGUUAGAAAUAACAUACGCCUGUUGUAUGCAUCAUCUACACCUACAGCUGUACAUGU